AGAAGAAUGGACACAGGAAACUGCUCCUCACUGACUGAAUUCCUUCUCUUGGGCAUUACCGACGACCCUGACAUGAAAGUGGUUCUAUUCAUUGUGUUUCUUGGUGUUUAUUUCACUACACUGCUGACAAAUAUUGGAAUGAUCUUUUUGAUCAGAGUGGAUCCCCAGCUCCAGACACCUAUGUACAUUUUCCUAAGCCACCUCUCUUUCUCUGACCUCUGCUACUCCAGUGCUAUUGGGCCGAAGAUGCUGGUAGACCUGCUUGCCAGGAGCAAAUACAUUCCCUUUUUGGGCUGUGUUCUGCAGUUCUUCACUUUCUGCAUUUUCAUAGAUGCUGAGUGCAUGCUGCUUGCAGUGAUGGCCUAUGAUAGGUACAAAGCCAUCAGUAACCCCUUGUUAUACACAGUAGAUAUGUCCAGCAUGGUAUGCUACCGACUUUUGGCUGGUGUUUACACUGUGGCAUUGGCUGAUGCUUUGACACAUACAACAUUGACAUUCCACUUAUGUUUCUGCAAGUCCAAUGAGAUUAAUCAUUUCUUCUGUGAUAUCCCACCUGUGUUAGUUUUAUCUUGUUCAGAUACACAGGUCAAUGAAUUAGUGAUUUUCACUGUUUUUGGUUUUAUUGAAUUUUGUACCAUCUCCGGAGUUCUUGUCUCUUAUUGUUACAUCAUCUCAUCUGUCUUAAAGAUUCGCUCUGUUGAUGGGAGGUUCAAAGCUUUCUCUACCUGUACUUCCCACUUAAGUGCAGUUGCAAUCUUCCAGGGAACUAUGCUGUUCAUGUAUUUUAGACCAACUUCUGCAUACUCCUUAGAUCAAGAUAAAGUAACUUCCCUUUUUUACACACUUGUGAUUCCUAUGAUGAACCCUCUAAUCUAUACCCUGAGAAACAAGGAUGUGAAAGAGGCUUUCCAAAGAGUAAAAAAUAAAAUAUAG